UUUCCAUUUUGAAACGAUCGAUCUUCGUUCGAUCCCCCGCCACCUGACUUGCCGUCGUGCCUUGUCGUCCUUGUCACUUGAGUGAUGGAGUUCACACAGCGUCCAUCGUCCCUCUCGUCGGUGGGUCUCGCCCCGCCGGCGCCGGCCGCGACAAAUCAACAGAACGUCCGGUAUUACCACCCGGCGGUGCUCAGUCAGAUCCGAGAAGAUUGCAUGGCGCAGAAGCUGCACUUGCGCGCGUCCGAGUUUACCGAGAUCAAGGACAUGGUGCUGUGGACCGGUACGUUCAACGUGAACGCAAAGAAGCCCGUGUCGAUCGCCGAGUCGGCCAAGUUGCUGUCCUGGCUUCGCGCCACGCACGAAAACGACCAGCUUUCCCCCGACAUUGUCGCGGUGGGGUUCCAGGAGAUCGUCGACUUGAAUGCUGUCAAUGUCGUGGUCAACAACAUGUCGGGGCCCCGCAGCGCGCAGUGGGAAGAGAGCAUCCUCGCCGCGUUGAACACACACAUGUCGGACCAAGCGUACGAAGUGGUGCUGCACAAGCAUCUUGUGGGGAUCCUCUUGCUCGUGUUUGUCAAGCGCAACCACCUCCCCUUCAUCACGGACGUCGUGGGGUCCACGGCAGGCGUCGGGAUCAUGGGCAUGAUGGUAGAAUCUUCCCAACGACCUUACAUCAUCAUGAUCAGGAAGAGGACGAGGAUAACGCGGUUCCUAGGGCAACAAGGGCGGCGUGGCCGUGCGCAUGACGCUCUAUGACAGCACGAUCGUGUUUGUGUGCUCGCACUUGGCCGCGCAUACCCACAACGUCGCCGGUCGAAACGCGGAUUUUGCCAAUAUUUUGGCCAAAAUUGAGUUUCGCGACUCGGUUUUCGACGAAAUGAACCCGUCGGGGUCACCCGAACCGACCGACCACGUGCUAAGUAUUCACAGCCACGACUUUAUCUUUUGGCUUGGUGACCUCAACUACCGCCUCGUGGAGGACGCCAACUUCACCGUGGAAGACUGCUUUGCUCAUCUUGACAAGCAUAAUCUAGAGGUGCUGCUUGCCCGGGACCAGUUGACCCAAGAACGGGAAAAAGGCAAUGUGUUCCACGGGUUUGAAGAAGGGCCGAUUAGGUUUGCACCUACGUACAAGUUCCAGGCGGGUACGUCGUUAUAUGACCGCCGACCCGAGAAAAAAGUGCGCGCGCCGGCGUGGUGCGAUCGUAUCUUGUGGAAAGCCAAGGCCGACACGGUGGCGUUGCAGCAUUAUGGCGCCGCCAUGGAGCUCGACAUGUCGGACCACAAGCCUGUCGCGGCGCUGUUCCAUCUCAAGGUGAAAUAUGAAGUGGACGACAAGAAGGAAGCCGUGCAGCGUGAAAUCUCGCGCGAACUGGACAAGUGGGAGUCAGAUAACAAGCCCAAGAUUUCUAUUUCCGACAACAACUUGGUGCAUUUCGACAAAGUGACGUACCUGGUGCCACAGACCAAGUCGAUUGUCGUUGAAAACUCGGGCCUGGUCGUCGCGCACUUUCAACUGGCGCCCAAACUGCUCGACUCGGCCGUAUCCAAGCCGUGGUUAAGUAUAUCGCCCAUGUAUGGCAUGAUUCCGCCCAAGGAACAAGUGGAGCUCCAAGUGACGGUGCUUGUGGGUGGGGAUGCCGCGCACGCGCUUUCGAGUGGCCGCGAUACGCUGGACGACACGCUCAUUCUGCGCGUGGCUAAUGGCGCCGACCACUUCGUCGUCAUCUCGGCCGACUACCUUCCGUCGUGCUUUGGGUGUUCGCUGGAGCAGCUAGUCGUGCAUGUUGAGCCCAUCCGCCACGCCGGCGCCGUCAAGCGCGAGGCGGCGGUCGUCCAGAAGAUUCCCAAGGAACUGUGGCGCAUGGUCGAUGCCUUGUACACGCACGGGUUGGACGCGCCCAAUAUCUUUGUCGACACGGAUCUCUCAGAGGCGGCGGUGCUGCGGGAGGCGUUGGACACGGGCGCCCCUUUUCCAGUGCACCGUCCGCAAUCGAUGGCGGCGCUGGUGGUGCACUGGCUGCAGACGCUGCGGGAGAGUGUCGUGCCCGAGGCGAGCGUGGCGAGUGAUGUACUGGUAGUGGACGCACUCACGGCCGUACAUUACAAUGUGUUUAUGUACGUCAUGUCGUUUCUGCGCGAAGUGCUGGCGCACGCCCCUCGUAACUUGCUCCACGCAUCAAAGCUGGCGUUUGUGUUUGCGCGGUGUCUGCUGGGAUACACGGCCACGCAGACCCCCACGCCCAAGAUCGACGCCAUGGAGCGCCUGCUCGCGCACUUUUUGACCACGGGCACGUUGUAACGAUCUGCUAAUAUAUAUAUAUG